CCAAGCCCAUUUCUGCAUGGAAACUGCGGAGCGCACGGACGAAAGAAAAACAGUCGAGGCUCGUCAGCUGUCAUAGGAGUGUCACUGAAGAAGACACCUCAGUUUGAAUUUAAGAUAAUUUGGCUUGUGUUUGAAAAAGCACUACCAACAAACACUCGUAAUCUAUCUAGAAAUUCUCCGAUUUUAACCCGAAACGAUCGAUUGGCAUCGAAUCUGAAGCGGAAGUAGGGAUUUUCGGUGACCUAGAUUGAUCAGAAAUUUUGUGCUUCGAAAAAGAAAUUUACAAAGUGCUCGAAAUUGUAGUAUUUUGACCAGCUAUGGAAGUAGAAUGUGAGGGCUUCACGUUCACUUCGAAAUUCGACUCAGGAAACUUGGAUCGCGUGGAGUUUGUGCCUAAGAACAAGCAAGCAGAAAACCACAGCAAUGGCAAAACAUUCUCAGCAACAGAAGUGCCUGACUUUGAGUUUAAUUUGUGGACAAAGCCUGAUUGCGGACACACCGAAUUCGAAAAUGCCAACAGAACCUGGUUCUACUUCGGAAUCAAAGGAGGAACACCCUUUUCCUUGGUCAAAUUCAACAUAAUGAAUAUGAACAGACAACACAAAAUGUUCAGCGAGGGCAUGGCUCCUGUUUUCAAAGUUGUGCCUGGAAGGAAUCACUGGGAAAGAAUCCAUGACAAGCCGACUUUUACGAUGGAGCAGAAAAAAUUUGUGCUCAGCUUCAAGUUCCGCACGCUGGAAAACCAGAACGCGACCACGUACUUCGCCUUCACGUACCCCUUUUCGUACACAGAAAUCCAGAACCACCUGAAGCAAAUUGACGCCAAAUGCCAGUCUUUCAAGCAACAGUACGCGCAGUCCAAUGACCCAAACACGGUCUACUACCACAGGGAAUGCGUGGUCAGGUCGAUGGAACACAGAAGGGUCGACCUCUUGACCGUCACCUCGCACCACGGCAUCAGCGAGGAGCUGGAACCCCGCCUCAGGUUUCUCUUCCCCGAAACCAACGUGCCAAGACCGAACAAGUUCGUCGGCAAGAAGGUCGUUUUCGUCAGCGCCAGGGUGCACCCUGGCGAAACGCAGUCCAGCUUCGUGCUCAACGGCAUGCUCAAUUUUCUCCUGCAACCGAACGACCCCGUGGCUCAGCUGCUCCGCAAGCAGUUUGUGUUCAAGUUUGUCCCGGUGUUGAAUCCGGACGGGGUUGCCAACGGCCACUACAGAACUGACAUGAGGGGCGUCAAUCUCAACAGGGUCUAUCUCAAUCCCUCGCUUCUCCUCCACCCUUCGAUUUAUGCGGCUAGAUCUCUAAUCAGAUACCACCAUUACGGCUGUGAAAUGCCCGAAGAAGACAAUAUUCCUUACGACUCAAAUCUGUACACGACGUCGGAGUCGUCAAGCCCCGACCUCCUGCCGUGCUGCUCCAACUCUGCCGUGUGCCAGGAGGAGAGCGAUGGCAGCACGGACAGCUCUCCCAACCCGAAGCAAAGACUGAUCGCCAGCAAGGAGGACGACGCCGCCAAGUUCGACGAGGACACGCGCAGCUCGGAGGGCUUCUUCAGCGCCAAGCGGCUCUCCGAGAUGAACAUCAUUGACGACAACAGUUGCAGCGUUGUCUCCAUGGAGGAGAUCACCAAGGCGUCUGCCGGAAAGAGCCAGCUGAUCAUGCAGCAGGCCAACAAGACCGGCGCGGCCACGUUCGAAAACGCGUUGCUCUCGGAAAGGAGCAAGAAGAACGGCUCGGAGCUGCCGCAGGAGCCCACCGAGUCUGGCAUUUUCAUGUAUUUGGACCUGCACGGCCACGCGUCCAAGAAAGGCGUGUUCAUGUACGGAAACCACUUUGAGAACAUCGAAGACAGUAUUGAAACAUUCUUGAUGCCGAAAGUCAUGUCGAUGAACAGCCCGCACUUUCACUUCACCUCAUGCAACUUCACCAAGCGCAACAUGUAUCUGAGAGACAAGCGGGAUGGGAUGAGUCGAGAGGGUUCCGGCAGGGUAGCAGUCUUCAAAAUAACCGGUCUUGUGCGGUGCUACACCCUUGAGUGCAACUACAACACCGGCCGCAUCGUGAACGUCCUGCCCAGCAACGGAAGAGAAUCUAUCAAAACUCCUGCAGCACCUGUUGUUCCUCCCAAGUACAAUCCACCACUUUUCGAAGAAGUGGGGAAAGCCAUGGCUGUCUCGAUCCUCGAUCUCAACGGUGCGAAUCCCUGGAGUCGGCUGCGCCACUCCGAGUUCAGGGCUCUGCCAGGCGUGCGGGACUGGCUGCGGCGCUACAUCCAGACUGACCUCAGCAUGCCUCGCGUUCAGCGCAAGAGCAACAACUGUCAGAUGACCACCUCAGCAGGUGCUUCCUCCUCAAGCGGCGUCGGAAGUGCCGGCCCCUCCGCUGUGCCCCCUCUCGUAGACUCGGCACCGUCUUCGGCGUCGACGAGCCAACCCGGCGCGCGCACCGCCGGCCGCAGGAUCAAGACGCACCUGACGCCAUUGAUCAGCAAGCAGGGCUGCAAGAGCGCCGUGAUGGUGGUGGACGUGAAGGAGAACCUGGCGUCGAGCAGCCAGAAUCCGGACUCGGUCAUGAAGCUGAAGAACCCGAUGUCGCCCAAGGAGAACAUCCUGCAGGCGCCUUCCUUCUCCAAGGGCAACAAGAAGUCUGGCCAGGACGGAGCGGCGUCCGGCAGGGUGUCGAAGACGCGCAAGGAAAAGCAGCCCGCCGCCGAGGGCAAAACGAGCAAGAAAAUAGAGAAGAUGGACGCAGGCGCCAAAAACGUGCAGGUGCUGAAGCAAGGGCCCAAGAGGCUGCGCAUUUCGUCCUUGAAGAGCGACGAAUUCCAGGUCGAACCGCUGUGGGACAGUCCGACGACGUCCAAGGGUGGCUGGAGGCCGUUGCUGGAGCAGCAGGAUCCCGAGGUGGCCGUCCCCGCCAAGGAGGUAAAGACCAAGCCGGUGAGGAGCAACAAGACGUCGCAGCUGCGAGGCCUCCACCUGUCGCCCAUCAAGAAGGGCAACCUGACCAAGAAGAAGAGCGCCGAGUGGGAGAAAAAGAAGAGCAAGAUUGCCAAGACCAAGAAGAUCACCAUCUCGAGCGAGGAGUCGUUGGAAAAUGCGCCACUCGCAGACGCCUUCUAACGCUCCAAUUCUCUUGGCCACGCACAGUGCGGAAAACUGUGCUUCGCAACAAAUCAAUCUCCCAACGAGUUUUUUUCUCCCGACUCGUUCACUCCCAGCUAUGAUUACAUAGUAGUGCAACUGUGAUACAAAUAUUAUCGAACGUUAAUUUUCAUUGUGAUUUGAAAAUGGUGACUCCAGGUAAAUUAAUUAACCGAUCAGCCGUUCUGCUAUUUUCGUAAAUUUAAGAAAUUCGCAAUCAAUUGGAUCAAACUGAAAACCUUUUACGUUAAAAUAAUCUCAUAUUUAUUUAUCUGUCUCCUCUGAUUAGUGUGUAAAUAAGUUGGCGAAAAGUAAACGAAGGUGUAAAAUAGGGAAUAACGAUUAUCAAUUGGCACAGUACAGAACCAAUUUUAACAUUUGUAACACGUAGCAUCGGUUAAAGGUGCAAACUUUUCAUACAAUUGUUGAAUUUCACGAGUAGAGCAAAGAAAUACCACUUUUCACGUUAACUGUGUUCUAGUAAAGUUCAAUAUAAAUAAGGUUUAUGCGCUGCCAUAAAACUCUCUGUUGAGUGAGAUUAUAUUAUUAACAAAUCGUUACAAACCAGUCUGUAAAAACGACGUGUCUCCAAACACUGGAAUUUUGUAUUUAGUUGCAAUAUUAUUUACACUUUACACUAAAUCAAACGUCUACGACUUUCAUGGUGUUAAUCAUUCUGGUUUUUACUGGAUUUUGUGCUCUUUUGAAAUCGAUAAUAAAUCUGAACUGCUUAAAUAUUUUUAUUUAGGUGUUAACUUAAAAACUAGUCUCUCAAAUGAUUUAGUUUCCUUGAACAAACAUUAUUAAUGUAUUUAAAUUCACAUGUCUCUGCAUCAAAAUAAAUGAUCUAAUCAAUUUCAAAAACUAA